CCCUUUGUUCCCUGUCUUUUAACCAGUUCUCAGUCCAUGAAAGGACCUUCCCUCUUAUCCCAUGACAACUGGACCUGGGAGCUCUCUGAAAUUACUGGGGGUUGUUCUAUCAGCUGUUCUGCUCCACCUGUACAGGUUGACCUCCUUGCCAGAAAAGCCCCCGCCUAUUGAUUGGGUUUAUUACAAGACUGCAGUUGCUAAGGCUGGCAUGGUGGAUGAGUUUGAAAAGAAGGUGAGAUUCUCGUCCUCAAUUAGAUGUUGCUCCUGUUUUGAAAUCCAAGUGGAGGCUGCUCAUAUCCUUGAGAAGUUCAGAACCAUGAUUCCAUUUGAUCAGAUGAUGUGGGAGGACUUGAAUGAGAUCUUCCCUGAAACCAGACUGGACAAGAAGUAUCCAUACUGGCCACACAAACCUAUUGAAAACCUGUAAAUCUGUCUGAAAGCAGUUUCUGGUAACUGUCAAAUUCUCUAGAAUCUUUUAAAUAAAGUAAUUGUA